AUAACUGAAAUAGUAGUAGUCAGUAUCUUCCUUAAGUAGCUUAGAAAAUGAUGGUUACAUCAUAUAAACUUUUUUCCUCCAGAUAAUGGACUUACCUAUACUGUUAAUCUCAUUUAACUACAAUCAGCAAAAUAUGCUAUUUUAAUGAGGUACCACUAUCAGGAAUAGUAUUUCAUAUGUUGGAAUGCCUCAGAGAAUCCAAAACAUGUAGAGUAACUGAAUCCAGAAAACCUAAGAAUUAGGCAGCUGGUCAGAAAAUACAAGUACAUCAGUUGGAGAGGAAACAUAUUCAGAAGUCAUGUGAAAGGAGAGAGGAGAGAGAAAGAAUGGUCUUUAAAAGUGCCAGCCAAAGGAGAGCAAAGCCCUGCUGCCCUUGGUAAACUCGAAAGUAAAAGCUUAUUUCUUGGGUAUUAGUGAUUUAUGUCAUAAUGUGUUGGCAGAAAUAAUUCUCAGACCUGGCAUGCACCUCUGCUUUUGUGAUGAGGGUCUAAUUUUGAUUCACACUGGACGGCCAUUGUGUUGGCUAUUGUCAUUUUUUUAUUUGACAAUUUAAGGGAAAAGAGGCUGGUUAAAUGAUUAUAUUUGCAAAUGUGCCCAGGUAUUUGUGUCUGAAAUGAGAAUUGGAAAGUAAUCAAAUUAUUUCAUUGUCAAAUUGAGUCUUCAAGUUACUGCUUACUUGGUUUUACAUCAUAAAUGGCCACUUGAUCAUUCUGGCAUUUUAUGGUAGAGAAUACAUUGAGUUUGGCUCAUGGAAAGAAUAUGAGAAUCCUGACUUCAUUCAAUGUAAACAGAGCUGAGAGAGCUACCAAACAAGUAACUACCCUGCUCACACUCUGGGUGCAAUAACUAAAUGGAAAAGCAAGAUUAAUUAGACACCAUUUGGAAAAGAGGUCACAUGGAGACAGAGAGGCCCUGAGAUUGCAUGGAAAUAGCAACCUAGUUAUCCUAGUGUUCUAGCUGAGCCCACCUCCCCCCUGCCAGCUGAAAGUAAUCACGAGUAACCAUCAGCAGGAGAAUCAGAAGUGCCUAGAAGCUCACCUUAUUCUACCACAACUACAUGGGUUUGGCUGAUACUUGGGUGAAUCUGAGUCCCAGGACAGUUGAAGAAUAAAGCAUAGUUGCAUCAGUAAUGAUGACUCACUCAACUGGGAGCAUCUCUCUGGAGACCAUCAUGCAGACAUCAGAGACUGGGUCGGACACAGGUUCGACAGUGACUUUACAGACAUCUGUGGCUAGUCAAGCAGCAGUGCCUACACAGGUGGUACAGCAAGUACCAGUACAGCAACAGGUACAGCAGGUACAGACUGUGCAACAGGUACAGCAUGUCUACCCAGCUCAGGUGCAGUAUGUGGAAGGAAGCGAUACUGUCUAUACCAAUGGAGCAAUCCGAACAACAACUUAUCCUUACACAGAAACGCAGAUGUACAGCCAAAACACUGGAGGGAAUUACUUUGAUACUCAAGGGAGUUCUGCACAGGUGACUACCGUGGUCUCAUCCCACAGUAUGGUGGGCACUGGUGGGAUUCAGAUGGGCGUCACGGGAGGACAACUCAUCAGCAGCUCCGGGGGAACCUAUCUGAUCGGCAAUUCAAUGGAGAAUUCUGGUCACUCCGUGACGCAUACCACUCGGGCCUCCCCAGCGACAAUUGAAAUGGCGAUUGAGACGCUGCAAAAGUCUGACGGUCUGUCCACUCACAGAAGCUCUCUUCUCAACAGCCAUCUCCAGUGGCUGUUGGACAAUUACGAGACAGCAGAAGGAGUGAGCCUUCCCAGAAGCACUCUAUACAACCACUACCUGCGACACUGUCAGGAACACAAACUGGACCCAGUCAAUGCUGCUUCUUUUGGAAAAUUAAUAAGGUCCAUUUUUAUGGGACUACGAACCAGGAGAUUGGGAACUAGAGGAAACUCCAAGUACCAUUACUAUGGGAUUCGUGUCAAGCCAGAUUCCCCUCUCAAUCGUCUGCAAGAAGAUAUGCAGUAUAUGGCUAUGAGGCAACAACCCAUGCAACAGAAACAAAGGUACAAGCCUAUGCAGAAAGUGGAUGGGGUUGCAGAUGGUUUCACAGGAAGUGGUCAACAGACAGGCACAUCUGUUGAGCAAACUGUAAUUGCCCAAAGUCAACAUCAUCAACAGUUUUUAGAUGCAUCUCGAGCACUCCCAGAGUUUGGAGAAGUUGAAAUCUCUUCUCUGCCAGAUGGUACUACCUUUGAGGAUAUCAAGUCACUGCAGAGUCUUUAUCGAGAGCACUGUGAGGCAAUAUUGGACGUUGUUGUGAAUCUUCAGUUUAGCCUGAUAGAAAAAUUGUGGCAAACAUUCUGGCGCUAUUCUCCCUCUACUCCAACUGACGGCACUACCAUUACUGAAUCAAGCAAUCUGAGUGAAAUAGAAAGUCGACUUCCGAAAGCAAAGCUGAUAACUCUGUGCAAACAUGAGUCUAUCCUGAAAUGGAUGUGUAACUGUGACCAUGGGAUGUACCAGGCUUUGGUGGAGAUUCUCAUCCCCGACGUCCUUAGACCUAUUCCUAGUGCCUUGACCCAAGCCAUUCGAAAUUUUGCAAAAAGCCUUGAAGGUUGGCUUUCCAAUGCCAUGAACAAUAUUCCACAGAGAAUGAUACAAACCAAGGUUGCCGCUGUAAGUGCCUUUGCCCAGACUCUGCGAAGAUACACGUCGCUCAAUCACCUGGCCCAGGCAGCUCGUGCAGUGCUUCAAAACACAUCUCAGAUUAACCAGAUGCUCAAUGACCUCAACCGUGUCGACUUUGCCAAUGUCCAGGAGCAGGCUUCCUGGGUGUGCCAGUGUGAUGACAACAUGGUUCAGAGACUAGAAACAGACUUCAAGAUGACUCUCCAGCAGCAGAGCACCCUGGAGCAGUGGGCCGCAUGGCUGGACAACGUGAUGAUGCAAGCCCUGAAACCCUACGAAGGGAGGCCCAGUUUUCCAAAAGCCGCCAGGCAGUUUCUGCUAAAAUGGUCUUUCUACAGCUCAAUGGUUAUUCGAGACUUAACCUUACGCAGUGCUGCUAGCUUUGGCUCCUUCCACCUGAUCCGUCUACUCUACGACGAGUAUAUGUUCUACUUAGUAGAACAUCGUGUUGCUCAGGCAACAGGAGAAACACCCAUAGCUGUCAUGGGCGAGUUUGGCGAUUUAAAUGCUGUGUCUCCUGGAAAUCUGGAUAAAGAUGAAGGCAGUGAAGUGGAAAGUGAAAUGGAUGAAGAACUAGAUGACUCUUCAGAACCUCAAGCCAAGCGAGAGAAAACGGAGCUGACCCCGGCGUUUCCAGUGGGUUGUCUGCAGCCUGUUCUCGAGAGCAGCGUGCAGCCCAGCCUCCUGAAUCCCAUCCACAGCGAGCACAUCGUCACAAGUACUCAGACUAUCAGACAGUGCAGCGCGACAGGCAACACUUACACUGCGGUCUAAAGAAUAUUAAAGCCUAUUUUUCCAGCUAACAUUAACCCUGUUGAUAUUGGGCUUAAGUUGAGAAAUUAAUAAGCCUGAAGGUCGACUGUUGUCAAAUUCUAUCUGUGCUGAACAUUACCUUUUUGGAGUUGUGAAAUGGAAUGGGUGUAUGUAUUUUGCCAGGUCUUUUUUUUUUUUUUAAACGUAAACAAAUUAUUUGCCUCUUAAUAAUAAGAGUUUUUUUUCCUUAGUUUUGGGUGUCAAGAAGGAUUUUUACAACACUUAAUAUUUUUUUUCUUAUAAUUAAAAGUAAUUUACAUUUUUGUAGCUGAAAAUAUUUUAUUGUUGGUUGUUAGUCUUGGUGUAUGAUUUCAUGUGUGAGUUUUUAAUUAGAUGCACUUCUGUGAAAUAUCAAAAGAAAUGCAUUUUUUUAUUUACACUGGAGGCAUGCCCAUUUGGCAGCAGAUGCAUCAAAUUUGCUUUUGAAAGGUGCUUUUCAUUGGGCCGAACCACAAGACACUAUUUUGAUAGCAUUUUGGAGUAUGGAGAAAGAAUACAGAGCAUUUUUAUGAUAGUGCUAGAGGGUUGGGAAGGUCAUCUAUAUUUCUCUGGAGAAAAAUUGAGCUGUGCAUUUAUCAGUUCAGAGUAAAUGACAGAAUUGCCAGAGAUUAUGCUAAUAUGUACAUAAUUUGUGUACAUAAUGAUUAAAUCAUGUUAAUGCAAGCUUCUGUUAAACAUUGAAUUUUAACUGUUAUUUGCAUACCAAUUCCUCUGUUUAAUGACUACUGAUUCUGUAUUUGGGACCACUGCACAGAUGCGUUCUGCUGUUGAGUGGGGCUGUUAUAGUUAGAGACUGAAGCUGAAAAUGACUUGACUUUUUUUUUUUAAGUGUACAUGCUACUUAUGCUGAGCUGGACAUACAGGAAACCAUUCCAUUUGGAUGACUUUCUUUUAUUCCAGGUCUUUUUCCUAAUAGUAGUUCAAUAUGCUGCUAUUAUAAAAGAAAAUUUAUAGAAUGCAAGGAAUGUAGCAACCUGAAUAUCGUUCUUUCGUUCAGAAAUAUUUCCUGGUUUCUAAAGUAUGUGGAUUUAAAUUUUAAACAGAACCUAAAGGCAGUGUAACUGGCACGCCAUACUGUUGCUUAUCUCCGAUUCUGUAGGAUUUGGAUAGGUGGCUUGAUGGACCAGUGCCGCUGAAGAAUGUACAUCAGGGAUCAUCGUACCUCGGCUAUAACAUGGUGCCUUAAAACAGAACUGAAGCUAAGGUUUAGUAAGGCUUAUUUUGUUCCUGUAAAUUCCUCUUCAGUCCAUUUGACAAGCUGUGCCUGUCAUUGUCAGAUUCCCGAAGUAAGGACAGGUUACAUGUUCUUCAAAGGAAAUUUAGGGCAAACAAAGCAAAACAAAAAGACGAAAAAAUCAGUUUCCCUCUUUGAGUGACCACGAACCUAUUUUUUGUUCUUAGAGCUGAGUAAUACUUGAUUAUAAGUUAGAUUGCUUAAGGGUAUGGAGUAGCAGGCUAGUUUUAAUCACCAACUUGUUACAUAAAACAUAUAUAUGUUAGACCAUUCUUAUCUAGUUAUAAUUUAAGAAAGUUAAAAUAAGUAGGUACUUAUCGAAGUGCAUCUUUUCAGUCUCUGUGUUUGUCUCUGUGUCUUGGUGUCUGUGUCCACAUGCACACACGAGUGCCCACGGGCGGAGUCAGCUACCACAGCAGAAGGUGAGAUCCAGGAGUGGAUACACCAUCCCCAUGUUAAUUUACAUGAAGAGCCAAGGUUCUUUUAAGCACUCAAAUUAUUAACAACAAAAAAAACAGGCACAUCCAUUCAUUCAAUUCGUUCUUAAAAAGCUAAUAAGCAAAAAUAAGUACAUAAAGCCAAAAAAAAAGGGAAAGCACAAAAUUAUUUACAGAUUAUUAAUGAGACCUAUAUGAAAUUCAAGAUGUUUAUCUUUCCAGUUUUAUUGGGGUGAGGGCGGGGGGUGGAAAGAAGAGGGUGAGCCAAUCUGUAAAGUUAAAACUACCAAAUGGCUUAUUGGGUAAUACGCAGUCUAUUUCAACUGUUGUUGCUCGAUUGCCUUAGACUACUCAGAUAACUGAGGUCAACAGGUUUCUUCAGUAAACAUUAAAUGCAUUAGAUGUAAUUUUUUUAAUUGAUUCAAAUUUUGUAUUAUACAGCUCAUACUAGUAUAUUCAAAAGUCUUUUGCUGGCUUAUCGCCUUUAUCUAAAUAUCAUUUAAAUUAUCACCUCCCUUUUCCUCCCAAAAAGGCAAUGAAUUUGAACCAUCACACACACACACACACACACACACACACACACACACACACACACACACACACAGGCAAACCAGCAAGCAAGACCCCUUAAGUUGCAAAGACCAUGUAUCUACUUCAUUGUGCAUUAGGAAACAUGGACAGGUACAUUUAAAUCAAAAAACUGAAAAGGAAAAAACCCCACACUCUUUGUUUUGACCCUCCUUGAUUUUUCACUUUCCUAACCCUUUCCACCACACCCAGAAGUAUGCUAUAUUUGUAUUGGACCAAAUGUAUUUACCGGUAUCAUCUUGCUUAUUGAACAAUUUUAAAUGUAUUUAUUAUAAUUGUUUCCUUUAAUUUAGUGUUGGAUAUAUUUGUUUUGUUAGAGGAAUCUGAUAAUAAUGGGCAUAUUUAGAUUAAUGAAAAUUAGAGACUGGGGAUCCUCCAAGGUUCAACAUUUCUUCUAAUUGUUCAUGGUUUGUUCUAAAUUUAGACAGAUCAGGAAUUAAUAUUACUAUAUUUCAACUUGACUCACUAAAAAUAUUCUGAUCUCCUUUAUGAAUACAGUUAGGAACAUAAAAUUCUUUGUGACAAGUAUAGAUAGUUCUGACCCAUAGACAAAUAUCUAUGAUCUAUGCUACUUCCUGUUAUUUGAAAUCCACAGUAAGACACAUACACACAUAUACAGUCACAAACAAAAAUCUUAACAAUUUUGAACCUGAAUUGUGAAAUGUUUUACAAAAUAAAAACAUCAUAAUUUAUACCUUUGAGCAAAUUGGAGCAACCACAUUUAUUGCAUUUAUUAAACAUUUUAUUUCCAUUUUUCAGUCAUUGAAACUGACUUUUAAAAAUAACAUUAGACACCAAUACAAUAGGUUUAUUGACAAGUGACCAGGACAAAUUUUAAGAACUUAAUGUUUCAUAGCAUUAUAAUCAAACACUAGUCCUGAAAAAUAUCUAUAUAGACCAAGUGAUAAACUUUCAGUGAGGAAAAAUGUGAAGAAGGUAUGUUGGCUAUUUUUAAGUUUCAGAAAAAGUAUUUCCAUGUAAUAGGAUCAAGUAUCAAUAGUAUAGUUUGAUCUUCGUGUAUUAGUAUACAUCUCCAAAAUAUUUACGUGCCUACAGCCCAUGAACAAGAGGCUGAAAUGGGUGAACUGUCCACUUGGACCCAGUUUAAAAACAAUUUUUGGAUAUUAAGUGGCUGGUCACUUUUUCAGGAUUUUCAUCCAAACUAUGUUUAGACUGACUGUAUAAGUCUUGCUGCCUUUUCAGAAAUCUGCUUUCCUUUUUGUGCUUUUUCUUGUACUGUAUAGCACGGUUCAUGCACCUCUCUUUAGAUGGUGUACUUUAAAAACAAAAAUAAAUUUUAGAAAAUGGUUUUAACACUGCAUAACUAAAAUUAGUAGUGUGCAACGUUGACUGCCUUCGAUGUGUAGUAGACGAGUGAAAAUGAACAUGUUCUUGUAGAAUGCUGUCAAAAUCAUUCAGGAAUGAACACGGUUUCAUUACUGUAAUCAUGAACCUUUUUACAUGAAUGCACUUUCUAGAAGUGCUAAAUGUGAUGCAUUUUCAAAGCUUAAAAAAUCCUUCAGAUGAUAUAUUUGAGAUGUCUAAAAUAAUGCUGUGCUUGAAACAUUUGUGUAAAAGAAAAAAAGAUGUGUGUCACUGUGAUGCUGGUCCUCCCUGUGUGGACAGAAGUAGAAAGUAAAAAAACUUUGGCAAGUCACCUUUGUGUACAAGUUGAGGCAGUGGUUAUAUAAAACAAAUUGACCUUUAUGAUGGCCUCCCUUCCCCCAAAUUCUUGGUGAGACAGUAACAACCACCAAAAAAUCAAAAUCAAACCCUGUGAUUUGUAUGAAUCACAUAGGACAUGGGGGAGAGAGGUUGACAUGCAGUGAAAAUUGGGCUUGUCACUAGAUCAGAUCAACCUCCAUGUAUAUGGUUAGAACAGAUCAAUUAAUGGAACCCUAGUAUUUCUGCAAGUUUGAUUAUUUUAAAAAAAUAACUGGAAUAGAAGCAUUAAUUCAGUGCUUAGUUCUAGUGUUAGAAACCCCUUUGGUGUAAUGCCUUGUAUUAACCCUUUGAGCAUUGUAAUAUAUACAAUGGGGGACAAAAGCCUUUCAGAUCCUUUAUUUAGACUUAGACCGGUAAAAUAUACUCUAUAUCCAAAUGUCUAAUUAUGCUGGUUUUUUUAAAGGGGGGGUAGGAAGAGAAAGUGUUUUUACGCCGAACACUUGCAUUUUAUAUACGACUCUUAAUUUUCUUCAAGAGGGCUUGAUAUAUUUAUUCCCAAAUAUUCACUGCCAUCUAAGUAAGUGUACUGUUUACAAAAAAAAAAAAGAAUCAACUUUUCUAGUAUCACAGCAUGACUCUAGAAAAGGACAACCACACAUGGGCCCGUGGACCCAUGUCAGACUGAGUUCUGCACAUUGAAAGUACCUAGAUUGCCUUUAAAAGGUAUGAUAAAGAAAGGGUUACAUUUCCCCCCAAAACAAAACAAAAGAUCUCAUUUAUUUAGCUUUAGAAAGUACAAUUGUAAGUGAAGCCUUAGGAAGAAACGAGUUCGAGUAGCUAAAGGAAAGCUGAACUCUUUGGGGGCAGGUAAGCUGUUUGGAGUUAGAUCUCUCAUAACACAUUGUUUGGGAAUUUCAUACAGGGCAUAAUUUAAUCUAUGCUCCAAAACUUUAAUACUUUGUCAAAAAAAAUUAUAUAGAGAUAGAAUGGAGAGCAAAAGCACUUGAUUCGAGCUCAUCUGAUGCUAUGACUACUGCUUCUGAUACCUGGAAACGCCAGUCUGCUCACACAAUUGCUGACUCUGUUCACGGGCGCUCUGCGUGCACUGGACUCCUUUGUCCCCUGCCUGAUGGAACACGAGAGCAGUGUCGUCCGCAGAUGUGCUUGCGCUGCCCUGGCCGGGCACAGAUAAAACCGUUAACCUAUUCCAAUGCCUGGUGAAAGGACAUCCAUAGCCUAGUGCAAGUUUGCCGUAAACGUUGCUUUUUAGGCAGUUUAGGAGGUCAAACCAUGCAAAUUACUCAUGUGUUAACAUGCAAUACUCAAAGGGUUUUAAUUUAACUCUCUUCUUUUGAAUUCUUCAUGAUGAUUUACUGUAAAUGCUUCUCAGUUUGCAUGCUCUGAUCAUUGCUGCUAGUGAUUUACGUGCCAGUAGACCUGAGUUUAGUUUACCAAUUUUACUUAAAUAGUAAAAGCCACUUACAAAGUGACUGCCUAGGAUUUUUUUUUCUUUUGUUUGAAGUAAUUGGUAAUAUGUCAUUUAAAAAAAUGUGUUUUGUCUCUUCUUUUAUUGGUUCUGGUAUUUGAUUCUUUUUUUUCCCUCUUUCCUUUGUUUUUUAAAUAAAUUAUGAUGUUGGGAUUGGAAGCCCUGAGUAAUGAAAUCUUUGGUAAGAAUUGUUUAUGUAGCUCAAUAAUGAGGACAACAAAUCUUUGUUAGAAGAAUUAUGAUUCUGGGGAGGAAAGAAAAAAUAAAAACCCCCAUUGACUGUUGAUGACCAAGUAAAUUUUUCCUUCAAUGAAUUAAUAGUUUUGAACAAAUGAUUGCCUUGUUUUAACCUGCUAAACACAAUUUUAAAUGACCCAAUAAAGGAGGUAUUGAAUUUUAUGCAUUUAAAAAGCAUCUUUUGUACCAAAGCAAAUUUUUUUCUCUACUCAUCUGCAUCAUCAAUUGGGACCUAUGGUGGUGACCAAUGUGUUGGUUACAGAAACUUCAAGUGAGUGCCUUGAGAAAACUGGGAAAUUUGUGCCUGGGGUGGUAAACAUUUAAUUAGGUUCAUUGUAGUGCUUACCAAUCAGUAAUUCUACUAUCACUCAGGGCUUUCGUACCUUCUAGGUAAAACUCCUUUCAUUGCGUUUUUUUAAAAUACUGUGGUUUUUUUUUAAGUGCCAUCAUUUAAAUUUCACUUAGUAAGUGGCAGAUUUCAUUAUUCAGUCCCACAAGCACAGAAAACAUAGUAACACUAGGAGAUAUUGAACAUUUAUUUUACAAUCGACUGAAUAUAUUAUGUAAAUGAGGUAAGCAACUUUUGUAGAGAUUGUAUGUGUGAGAUAAUGUAAUGUUCUUUUCCAGUUUUUGGACUACAGUUGAAUAAACUUUUUAAUUAUUUAAAAAACAUCUUUACCGAAUAACAUGUGAUGGUUUUUUGUAUAAUGUAUUUGAUUUUGUAAAUACGUAUUUCCUGAUGUGAUUUUUGUGAGAAAUGCUAAAUCUUUUAGUAUAUCAUGUCCUCUCAAGAUUGGCAGGAGCUAAAUAAUAGUUUGUGGGCGAUUUGUAUUGUGUACUGUAUAAUAACUGGGGAACUUUUAUAAUUAUAAAAAUAUAUAUUAACUUUUAGUGUGUUGUUUAAACAAAUGACUGGAACAUACUAAAGAUAUUAGUAGGAUUUUUCUGAAUAUUUCAGACUUGAACUCAGGCUAGCUUUCUUGUGUUUUUCAAAACAAAAUGGUGUCUUGUCUUUUAAAAUCAAUAAAUUUGUUUCCUUGUUACAAA